GCUCAGCUUUCGGGAUUUUUGCUUCAAAUAUGUGGGAAUCAGAUAGUGAAUCCCUUGGUGGCAGAGAGUAUGGCAAUGGAGUCCUUAGCUCCACAAAACAUGGUGUCAAGGCUGAUGGGUUUGAGCUAAGAGGCCAAUCUUGGUAUGUUACUACUGAUAUCCCUAGUGAUCUUCUAGUUCAUGUUGGAGAUUUUGAUUUUCAUUUACACAAGGUAGCUGUGUUUCUCUGCUCAGAUGUUUGAUUAAUUUAUUGUCUGUGAGAACUCUAUAUUUGACAUUCGGUAGCGAGAAUUUAAAGACUGUUUGGUCUUCAAUCAUAUUGCUUACUACAAUUCUGUUUCUCUCUUUGAUCUUGUGAAAGUAUCCCCUGCUUUCUCGAAGUGGAAAGAUGAACAGGCUAAUUUACGAGUCGCGCCAAGAUGUUCACAAGAUUACUUUGGAUGAUCUUCCUGGAGGGCCCGAGGCGUUUGAGGUAGCAACGAAGUUCUGUUAUGGGAUUGCUGUUGAUCUCACUGCAGCUAACAUAUCUGGCCUUAGGUGUGCUGCAGAGUACCUAGAGAUGACAGAGGAUUUAGAAGAAGGAAAUCUUAUAUUCAAAACGGAAGCAUUUCUUAGCUAUGUGGUGUUAUCCUCAUGGAGAGACUCUAUACUGGUACUAAAAAGUUGUGAGAAGCUCUCCCCAUGGGCGGAAAACCUUCAAAUUGUGCGUAGAUGCAGUGAGUCAAUAGCUUGGAAGGCCUGUGCCAAUCCAAAAGGUAUUAGAUGGGCGUAUACUGGGAGACCCCUAAAAGUUUCUAGCCCCAAAUGGAAUGAAAUGAAGGAUUCAAGCCCCAGUAGGAAUCAGCCUGUUCCUCCUGAUUGGUGGUUUGAAGAUGUUUCAAUCCUCAGGAUUGAUCACUUUGUUAGGGUCAUUACAGCGAUUAAGGUAAAGGGAAUGAGGUUUGAGUUGAUAGGUGCAGCAAUAAUGCAUUAUGCCACAAAAUGGCUUCCAGGUUUGAUUAAAGAGGGGUCAGUCUUCGGCGAUGAAAUGAGUUGUAGCAGUAAUAGUACUGGUAGUGGUAGCAGCAGUUGGAAAGGCGCACUUCACAUGAUUGUGGCUGCAACUAAGGAUGAUCCUCCUACGGUUCAGGCCAAAGAUCAACGGAUGAUCAUUGAGAGCCUAAUUAGCAUCAUUCCCCCACAGAAGGACAGCGUGUCCUGCAGCUUUCUUCUCAGGCUGCUGAGGAUGGCAAGCAUGCUGAAAGUAGCCCCAGCUUUGGUGACUGAGUUGGAAAAGCGGGUGGGAAUGCAGUUUGAGCAGGCUACACUGGCCGAUCUUCUCAUACCUUCUUAUAAUAAAGGUGAGACAAUGUACGAUGUGGACCUUGUUCAGAGACUCCUGGAACAUUUUCUUGUACAGGAACAGACAGAAAGUUCAAGCCCUAGCAGUCAAUCCUGCUCAGACAAACACAUGUAUGAAGGAACUCCAAGGGGCAGUAACACUAAUGCCAAGAUGAGAGUGGCAAGGCUUGUUGACAGUUAUCUUACUGAGGUUUCCAGAGAUCGGAACCUUUCACUGACAAAGUUUCAGGUCCUGGCAGAAGCUUUACCUGAAUCUGCAAGGGCCUGCGACGAUGGACUUUAUCGGGCAAUUGAUUCUUAUCUCAAGGCUCAUCCAACAUUGACUGAGCAUGAAAGGAAGAGGCUCUGCCGUGUGAUGGACUGCCAGAAGCUGUCAAUUGAUGCCUGCAUGCAUGCUGCUCAGAAUGAGAGGCUGCCACUGAGAGUGGUGGUGCAAGUUCUCUUUUCUGAACAGGUGAAGAUAAGCAAUGCACUGGCUAACAGCAGCCUAAAAGACACAGAAGAGACUCUUUACCAGCCCAUGAUACCAAAUCGGAAAACAUUGCUUGAAGCAACUCCACAAUCAUUCCAGGAAGGGUGGGCAGCCGCCAAGAAAGACAUCAAUACACUAAAAUUUGAGCUGGAGAGUGUAAAGGCUAAGUACCUUGAGCUCCAAAACGACAUGGAAAGCUUGCAACGACAGUUUGAUAAGAUGUCAAAACCAAAACAAACUUCCGCAUGGAGCAGUGGAUGGAAGAAACUCAGCAAACUAACCAAGAUGACGACCAUGGAAAACCAAGACAACAUUGGAUCUCAGCUCCCAGUUGUUGCAGAACAGAAUAGAAAAACGCCUAGAAGGUGGAGAAAUUCAAUUUCAUGAAUAAAGUGAAAUUCUUCUUCUCCCCUUUCUCCUUUGAUUUCCUCGGAAUUUUUUUAGAUGUGCAGUGUUCUUUUUGACAAUGUUAUUUUGAAGAAAUAAAAAACGACCAUAAUCAAAUGAGUCGAAUCGUGUUCAAAACCUGUUUAAUUUGCAUCUUAUGGAUGCUUUGAUGAUAAAAGAAGGCUGAAAAGCCUCCCAAAUAUUUGUAUGUAUAUCAACUAUAUAUGAAUAUUAGAGCAGUUAUCUGA